AUGGCGUCGGAUACUGUCUUCGCCGUUCCCGUAUUUCUCGUCGUGUUUCGAGAAACACUCGAAACGGUUAUCAUCGUCUCUGUUUUGUUGGCUUUUCUUAAGCAGACCCUCGAUGGCCCUAGUCGAGAUGUAAAGGUGUACAAGACACUCGUCAAGCAGGUAUGGGUUGGAGUUGGGCUCGGCUUCUUCCUCUGCCUCGUCGUUGCCGGAGGAUUGAUCGGCGCCUUCUAUACCCUGGGCAAAGAUAGCUGGGCGUUAAACGAAUACAACUACGAAGGAGCAUUUGCCCUCGUCGCGUCCAUCAUCAUUAGCAUCGUUGGCGUGGCCCUUCUCCGCGUUGGAAAAAUGCAGGAGAAGUGGCGGGUCAAGCUCGCCAAAGCUCUCGAAACCCCUGUGGUCACGGGCAGUCGACGAAAUGGUUGGCUGAAGCGCGUCGCUGAGAAGUACGCGAUGUUCUUUCUCCCCUUUAUCACCGUCUUGAGAGAAGGCAUCGAAGCCAUUGUCUUCGUAGCCGGCGUGUCUUUCUCUGCGCCAGCAACUGCGGUUCCGCUGCCCGUAGUCGUCGGGCUAAUCGCCGGCUUUAUCGUGGGAUACAUCCUAUAUAAGGGAGGAGCGGGAGCAAAAUUGCAGUACUUCCUAAUAGCUUCUACAUGUCUGCUGUAUCUAGUGGGCGCCGGUCUCUUCUCACGUUCUGUGUGGUACUUUGAAAACCAGCAGUGGAACAACGUCAUUGGUGGCGAUGCGGCCGAACUGGGAGAUGGACCGGGUUCCUAUGAUGUCGACAAGAGUGUCUGGCACGUGAACUGCUGUAGCCCUGAGCUAAACGGUGGCGAAGGGGGUUGGGGAAUAUUCAAUGCCAUACUUGGAUGGACGAACUCGGCAACAUACGGCUCAGUCAUUUCUUAUAACCUCUAUUGGAUCGCCGUCAUGAUCUCGUUCGGCGUUAUGAGAUACCGUGAAGUUAAAGGACAUUUGCCGUUUAUGAAACCCAAGGAGAGUUCAGUGGGUUCGGUAGUCCAAGCUGAUAAACCAGAAGAAGAGAAGACCGCACCUCAGGUUUCAGUUGCUUAG